AUGGCAAAGGCUACGAUGGUUCGAAAAGCUCCUCCUCCCAAGGAUCAGAGGAAGAGAAAGAUCUCCAAGGGUCCUCUUCCUGUCACUCUCUUGUCUGGGUUCCUUGGAUCUGGAAAGACAACACUUCUUCAGCAUGUCCUGACCAGGGAUCAUGGUCUUCGUAUUGCCGUUGUUGUCAACGACAUUGGCGCUGUCAACGUCGAUGCAUCCCUCAUAAGAAAGACUCACAAAGUCACCAAGACGAAUGAAAAGGUCAUUUCCAUGCAGAACGGUUGCAUUUGCUGUACUCUACGCGGCGAUCUGGUCGAGGAGCUUCUCAACAUCUCCAAGGUUCAAAAGUUUGACUACAUAAUGAUCGAGAGCAGUGGAAUCAGUGAGCCAGAGCAGGUUGCAGAGACGUUCGAUGCCCGUCUCGCAGAGCAGAUGAGCAUACAGGCAAAUAUGACUGGAGACCUCGAUGACGGUCUCGUCGAGGCAUUGGAGCAGAUUCAGAAAGCCGGUGGCCUGGACAAAUUUGCCAAGCUGGACACGGCAGUCACAGUCAUCGAUGCCUUUACCAUGUUGCACGACUUCGAGACGGCCGAUCUCCUCUCGUCGAGGAGAAACGAUGUCACGGAGGAAGACGAGAGGACCGUGUCGGAUCUCAUGGUUGACCAGAUUGAAUUCGCCAACGUCAUAGUCCUUAACAAGGUGGACAUGGUCGACCUAGAGAAAAAGGCCCAACUCCGCGAUGUUCUCAUAAGCUUGAACCCGGGAGCCAAAAUCAUCGAAGCCGUCCGCGGCAAGAUCGAUGUCAAGGAGAUUGUCAACACGAAGAGGUUCAACAUCGACGAGGCCAAGUUGGGGUCUGGCUGGCUCCAGGAUCUCCAUGCCAUGACGGCGCGGGAGAUGGCCGAUGGCCGCAAAGUCAUCACGCCUAAGCCUGAGACGGAAGAGUACAAUGUGCGCAACUUUGUCUACCGCCGUCAUCGUCCCUUCCACCCUGAGAGACUGUGGAAGCUUCUCCGUGACACGUUCAUCCUCCAGCUCCAGCACGAGGAGGAGGACGACGACGAUGAUGGGGACGAAGAAGACGCAAACGGCCAGGAUGACAUCCAGGACAAUAAGGCCACCCCCAAGGAAGAUGUAGCCGAGGAAGAUGAAUACGAGGUGCCUGACAACGACAUCAUCCUGGCCAACAAGAAGGCGCACCCCAUCUUCAAGAACCUCCUUCGAUCCAAGGGAGGAUUCUGGCUGGCGACACGUCCCAACCAGCGCGGCGAAUGGUCCCAAGCCGGAGCCAUGCUCACCAUGGUAGGCGACCUUCCCUUCUUCUGCACCAUGGAUCCCAAGGAGUACGAGAGUGAGGACGGCGACGUCAAUAAGCUCGUGCAGCACGACAUAGACAUGGGUGGUGAGUGGGGCGAUCGCCGUCAGGAACUCGUCUUUAUCGGCGUGAGCCUCGAGAGGGAGAAGCUGGCCGAGCUUCUGGACGGGUGUCUUCUCAAUGACGAGGAGUGGGAGUCUUGGCAGCGUGUUAUGCUAAUAAGAUGA